UUGUCAUUUUGUCUGCCGCCACGCGUGCAAGUCAGGAGACGGAGAUUUUGAUGCGCAGAUAAUCACUCGGCCUUUUCACAGAUUAAAUAUUUCUGCUACUAAGAACUUAGUCCCCAAGAUGUCUACACCAAAUCCUAAGGCACAAAUUACUCAUGUAAUUUUCGACAUGGAUGGAUUGUUAAUAGACACGGAACGCUUGUAUACUGUUGUCUACGAUAAAGUGUGUGGGAAGUAUGGCAAGACGUUUACAUGGGAGAUCAAGAAGAAACUGAUGGGUCGAAAGACGAUGGAGUCGGCUCAGAUGAUCAUUGAUAUUCUUGAAUUGCCUGUAGAUGCGGAGCAGUGGGUCAGACUGAUUAGUGAUGAAAUGACAACAAUCAUGCCAGAAACAAAAAUUCUACCUGGUGUUGAUAGAUUUGUUCGUCAUUUACACAAGCAUUCUAUCCCCAUCGCCGUUGCUUCCGGUUCAUCCACGCCCGCGUAUGACCUGAAAACAACCAAUCACAAGGAGUUUUUCAAUCUCUUCCAUCACGUUGUCUGCUCCGGGGAUGACCUUGCUGUACAGAAUGGGAAACCAGCUCCAGAUAUCUUCCAGGUUGCCUCCAAAAGAUUCAAGGAGAACCCACCUGCAUCACCCAAAAAUGUUCUUGUGUUUGAGGAUGCUCUGAAUGGUGUGCUUGCAGGUAAAGCAGCAGACAUGUGGGUCGUCAUGAUACCAGAUGAGAGAUUAAUAGGCACUGACGACACCAUCUCGGCUGAUCAGGUACUCAAAUCCAUGGAGGAUUUCAUACCAGAGGAGUGGGGGUUGCCCCCUUUUACUCAGAGUUGAUGAAGAGUGGGUUCCCCCGCCCCCUGUCCUUCAUCAUGCAUGUAUGGCUAUGUGAUGAAAGUAUCCCCCACCCACCAUCCUCUCUCUUAUGGCCUUGUACCUUGUGAUGAAAAUGAAUUGAAGAUUUCAUACCAGAGGAGUGGGAGUUGCCCCCUUUCAGUCAGAGUAAAUGUUCAGAUAAGUUGAUGACAGUGAAUGGAAGACUUCAUUCCAGCAGAGUAUCGCUUUCCUCCCUCAUCGAGAUGAAAUGGAGAGACAUCGCCCUAUCAUCCAGAGCUGUUGGUAUAAACCUUUCUAGUAAUGGUAGAUUUGCGUUUUCCUUAAUGUUAACUUCAUUUUGAUUGGCUAUUGUAGCUCAGUAACCACAGUAAUUACAAUUGAUAAAAUAUCAUUUUGACAUGUUGGAAAUUACCAUGGUAACAUGACUCAGAAUCUAAUCAAAAUCAAGGUUUCCAUGGGAGUUACUUUCCAAAGUUAACAUUAUUUAUUAAGUUUGUUUUUAUUUCAUAACAAGUCCCAGGUGAAAAUAUUACAUCAUUGUGUUAGGAGCUGACUUAUCUUUGUUUUGAGAUGUUUACAACUCUUUACGUCCCUUUUACAUUGUACCUAGGAGACAUGUACAGAUUGGGUGCAAUCUAAUGCAUUGUGGGUAACACCUUGGGUACAUUUCUCAGGUACAUGUAUAUUUUUCAUAGCAUACAUUUACGCACAUGCCAAAAAGUGAUGGCAAAAAACUUUUGAUACUUUUUAGAUAAUAUUACUGAAAAUCUGUUAUGGUGCAAACUUAAGCUUUUUAAAGAAAACUUGGUUAAUUCAACAAUCCCAUAAUUUGUUUUCAUUUCAAUUCUUAUGUAACUACUUGAUGAUGAAUUAAAGAAAAAUAUUUAUUUGAACUUACACCUAGGAUUGAAUGUUAACCCCUUUUCUCCAAUGUUACGUAAACAAAUUCCAUAUGAGAAACUUUCAUAAAUUGUAUUUUAAUGUUUUGAUAUUCAGAUGAUGGUAUUUCUGCUUGGUAAUGUACACUGUAUGAUAACCAAUGUCACAUAAGGAGAGUAUUCCAUAGACUGCUGGUGAAAUACACAUGACUAUACUGCCGUACUUUGGCAAAAGGAAGCAAGUUACAAAAAGUAUAAUUUCUUGUAAAUGAGCUAUGUGUGAUCGUCAUUUACAUAGGCGUCAAUGCAAAUUAACAGCAUAUUUUCUUCAAUAUCUUUCCAUAGAACAAUAAUUUCUUCCCCAAAUUUUGCCUGAAAGUGCAACAUACAGAGGGUGUUUCAGAAACAACAAUAACUCAAAUUUGUGAUGUGUCACUUGCUUCCUUUUGCCAAAGUUGGGCAGUAUAGAAGACUGAAAUAUUGGAAGCAAAGUAUGUUUUGUAACCAUGUAUCAUUUGAAGUUGAUAACUACCUGUACUUUUUGCAUACUGUUAGAUGCAGAUUAUUUGGUUACUUUACAGAGAACCAAAAUUAUCUUUGAGGGAAGAAAGUAUUCAUAUUUUGAACAGUUACUUCAGGAAAUUGAUUAUUGAGAUUACUGAGAGAGCUUUAUAGUUCAGAUUGGAUGUUUAUGUAUGGAAGCUCUCUUUUUUCCAAGCUAACAUAGAGACACUGGGCUAGAGAUUGGGAGUCAAGAGACCCUCUAUGUUAGCUUUGGGAAAAAAGAUCUUCCGUACAUCAUCGUAACAUCUGGGGCUCGUAGCAAAUUUUUUUCUCCAGAUGACUGCAUUGACUACAAUGUACAGUUAAUCGUGAAAACUAUGCAUACGAUUAAUUACUAACCUUUGUGUUAAAGGCCCCUGGGUCCCGUAACACAAAGGUUAGCGAUUGAUCGUACCCUUGAUUUUUACGAUUGAUUGUACAUUGUAGUCAAUGGAAUCAAUCGUAGAAAAAUGUUCUACGAUCUUUGCUAAGCUUUGUGUUACGGGCCCAGACUAGUUUCUUCAUUGCUGUAUAUCAAUAAUGUUAGUAAACUUAAGAUUAAAACCAAGUUUUGAUUCUUAUGUACCAGCUCUUAAACAUCUUGAGAAUUAGAACCUUGCUUCAAUUUCAACAAAAUUCAGCUUGGUAUUCACAAGAAGUGGCAGAUUGUCAAUUGAUUUUGCACCUUCAUUGUUUUAUUUAUAACAUGAUGUAUAUAUAUAUUUGAUUGAUAUGUUAUGAAUGUAUCACUGUUUUUAUAUUAGUGUUAUAAUGGAUAUUUCUGAGAACCAAUCAAAACCAUUUAAAAAUUGAUAUAAAGCAGAAAUGAAGGGAAAGUGAUAACUCUAUUUAGGUAUCGUUCAUGUGAGAGUAUUCAAAGUAUAUUACAGAUUAUAUUGCAAUAAUGUUUGUACCAUUUGAAUAUAAUUCAGUCUGUAAACGGUGUUCAAAAACUUGUUGAAACUUGAAGGAAGUUAAUAAAACAUGUAUUUUCUUA